UUUCUCUGUGAUCAACACUCUCUCGAAAAAUGGAUCCGUCUCAAUUACUCUUUGUCCUUUCAAUCUCCCUGGCAGUAGCCAGUUCCGUGCAGGCCCAAGGUGAGGGAGCAGCGGUGGCGGCGAGGCAGCUAUGGUGCGUGGCGAAGAACAACGCCGAGGACGCAGCCUUGCAGUCAGCCCUUGACUGGGCUUGUGGGCCAGGCGGGGCGAAUUGUGGGCCCAUACAAAAUGGUGGGCCCUGCUACGACGCGUCCGACGUGGCUCGAAUGGCCUCCUUCUCCUUCAAUGACUACUACGUCAAGAAUCACAACUCCGGCGACGACACCUGCAGCUUUAGCAACACUGCUGCCCUUACUGACCUCAACCCAAGCUACGGAAAUUGCAAAUUCACCUCUAGGUCAGGCGCAAGUAGUAGUGGGAACUUUAGUGGAGCCGUGUCGGAUACUGCUGACUUAAGCAGUAGUAAUUCCAUUUCCAUAGUUGGAUGUCGGUGGUUGUUGGAUCCGCUUUCAGUUCUCAUCUUCUGCUUUAUUUAUAAUUUGUGGAAUUCUAAUUAGUUAAGUCCCAACUCUGCUCAUUGUAUUUUAGUUCAUUUGUUUAUUAAUCAAAGUUUGAGUAAUGUGAUUUUGAUCUA